AUGGUAAAUGAGGAGAACGACACCCCCGUCAAGAUAUACGAAGCAGAUUCUUCUACUGAUACCGAAAAUGAGCUUGCUACAACACCGUUGGGGACGCGGUCCACCCGCGAAAGGAUCCAGGAAAUGAGGAAAGGAUCUCUGAAAGACUACAUGGAAUGGGCAGACACCGUCCCUCUUCACGAGCUCAGCAGCCACGGUUUUGGGGUGAAAACACAUCACAUCUUCAAGAAUCAAAGUUCCGCUCCGAUGGAUCUCGACAACAGUGCAUUGAAUAUGUUCCUACACAUGAACUAUUCGCGAAGUCCUAUUGCUGCUCGGAGCGAUACAGAGCGGCCAAACGACUGGAGCUUCGAGUUGGGUACCAUUGGAGGCUUUCGCCAAAAAGACCGGCAUUCCGAAUUUGAGCGUGGAGACUCGUUCAGAAGCCGGACAGACUCGGCUGACAGUACUUUGCUUUCCGACACGGAUGCACUUGCAAAGAACUUCACGACUGCAAGAAUUGCUGCCGCUACGAGGAUCGUUGAGGAAGCAUUGAACAGGUCAGCAGAAUACAACCAAGCGCGGUGGGAAAACAUGUCCCGCAAUCAGUAUCGCCUUAAACCCGGAACGAUCGUUGGAGGGUCAGGUGACGUCCUGAAUCCUGUACUGGGGAAGAAAAGAUCAGUCCUAGACUUCGUUGUUACCCCGGAGAUUGAGGAGGCAGCAGCGCUUCUAACUGAGUUCGAAGCCUUUGGUAUGUCGACCAACAACCAAACCACAACGGGCCAUAACGCAACCGAUCAAGUGGGUAUUGCAUCAGCGGCAGCUGCUGGUUCAUUCUGGAUGGAGACUAUAACAAGGAAAGGGACGGUCCCUUGGGGUAACGACCCUUCUUACAAGGUCUUUCGAAACGUCAAAGAUUACGGAGCAAAGGGCGAUGGCAAGACUGACGACACAGCUGCGAUCAAAAAGGCUAUGGACGAAGGCAAGCGCUGUGGAAAAGGUUGCAAUGGCUCAAGCACCAAGAACGCUAUUGUCUACUUUCCCCAAGGAACCUAUCUCAUCAGUACUGUUAUCCCCGUUUACUUCGGUACGCAACUUAUCGGCGACGCCACCAACUGGCCCACCAUCGUGGCCUCUUCAAGAUUUAUCGGAACUGCUGCCUUAUCUACCAACGAAUACACGGGCGGCGGUACUGGUAUAGACGGCGGCGAUCAGGAAUGGUAUGUCAAUACGGCAAGCUUUUACCGACAGAUUAGAAACUUCAAGAUCGACGUCACGCAGACGAGGGCUACGUCACAGGUUGCUUGUAUUCACAAUCAAGUUGGACAAGCUACUAGUCUCCAAUUCUUGGAGUUGACCGCAAAGUCUGGCACUAAACAACGAGGUAUUGCAUCUGAGAAUGGCAGUGGAGGGGUAUUGGCCGACAUUACAUUUAAAGGUGGCGCAUACGGCUUGUGGGGUGGAAGUCAACAGUUCACAGUGCAGCGCAUGGUCUUCGAUGGCUGUGCGACAGCAGUGCAUCUUAUAUGGGAUUGGUCAUUCACGUGGAAAUUCAUCACAAUCAAGAACGCCGACAUUGGUUUCAAGCUGUUGCCCGAAGAGAAGACGUCGACUGCCAAUCCAACCAAGCGGGCUACUCAGGAGAACGGAAACAUCGGCUCUACCAUGAUCCUCGACUCCACAUUUACGAACGUUGGGACAGCAAUUCUUGUUGGACCUCUCAACUCUGCGCCUGGAUCCGGAAGUACUGGGCUUGUACUGGAGAACAUUGCCAUGAGCGGCGUACAGAAAGCCGUAGCGGACAGCAACGGAAAGACAAUCCUUGCCAGCACCGCGAAGAUCGACCAGUGGGUUGCUGGACCUACCUACAGUCCAAAGAGAGAAUUCUCGAUGGGCAAAUCGACCACAUACAAGAAACCAUCUGGUCUUUUGGAUUCCAAGGGUGCGUACUUCGAGCGUGCAAAGCCACAGUAUGAGGACAAGUCAGCAAGCGACUUUGUCCACCUCAAAAACUUCGGUGCCAAGGGGGACGGUGUCACGGACGAUACGAGUGCAGUUCAGAGCGCGUUGUGGGCUGCUAAAGGAAAGAUUCUUCAUGUCGACGCCGGCACCUACAUACUCAAACGCACCGUCACAAUUCCCAGUGGAAGCAAGCUCGUCGGCGAAACGUGGUCACAAUUCGCCGCAUCUGGCACCUUCUUCGGAGAUGCUAACAACCCAAAGGCCAUGCUUUCUGUCGGCAAUCCAGGUGACGUUGGUGAGGUGGAGAUGCAAGAUUUGAUGUUCACGACCAAAGGAGCAACUCCUGGGGCGAUUCUGGUUCAGUGGAACAUCAAGGCAUCCAAGCCAGGAUCUGCAGGUAUUUGGGUCUACGUCGCUCGCGGUCUGCUUGUCGAAAGCCAAUCACCAACGUGGAUGUAUGGCACUGCCUCCGAGCAUGCGGUCUUCUAUCAAUACAAUUUCAACAAGGCGAAGAACAUCUUUGCGGGCAUGAUUCAGACCGAGUCACCGUACUAUCAGCCAACGCCCAAGGCGCCAGCACCCUUCGAAAAGGCCGUCGGAAAGUUUUCGGGUGAUCCCAAGUAUCAAUGUGAUGGCAAGGACUUCGACGGCUGCGAUUCAUCCUGGGCUGUCAUGAUACGCGAAAGCAGCGACAUCAUCAUCGGUGGAGCUGGCCUCUAUUCAUGGUUUUCGACGUACACACAAGACUGUAUCGAUGGCCAGACUUGCCAAAGGGCACUUCUGUGGCUUGAGAAGAAUGGACGCAACAUUCGGGUGCACCAUCUCAUCACUAUUGGAGCAAAGUACAGUCUCGUCCAAGAUGGCCGCGGUAUUGCAGCCAAAGACAACCUCAACGUCGAAGGACAUCCGCGCUGGUCCCAAAUAACCGUAUUUGAGGCUUCCAAGAACGAAAUUCAUUGGAUUGACCCCAAGAUCUGGGACAUGGACGAGCCGACUGUGUGGUGUGAGCCGCCAUGCCAACUCAAGCUCCCGCCCUGGGAAAAGAGCACUACCACUCUCAAUUACCCAGUUGUGACUGCUACUGGCGAGGGUUGGACAACAGCGAUUACUAAUAGCCCUGUUACAGUUACUCAAUGGGUUAUGGAAGUACUCACGGUCGGUGGUGGGGCUUCUGGGGCGGUUGCAGUCACGGCCAAAGCUCGUCGCGAUGAAGUGAUCACCUCUGUCAAGCCAACGUUCACAAGUACUCCUGUUUGGCCAUCUUUAGUGUUCCGAGGUGGCGACGGUAAACAGAGCACAACCAGGCCGGCCAAACCAACGCAUCCAGGACCACCAGACUGGCCUUCCAACGCGCUCGUCGUGAAGAGGGGUGCCCCAUCGCCAGUCGUCGACCAGUGUAGCUACUACGAUCCCGAUUGUUCUGCGGGAGGUUGGGAUGGUCAGUGGACUUUCGGAGGCAUGGAUGAUCCCAGCGUCGAAGAAACCCUUGAAGACGAUGGACUUCCUUGCCCGUCCCCAACGGAAGAAGAAAGUUCAACACCAACACCGAAACCGACGCCAACACCAAAGCCUCCAACCGUCGAGUUCGAUAUACCCGAUACCAAGAACAACAAAAGAAGAUGCUAUCAUGUUGGCCAAUGGACAUCACAUUAUCGAAUCAAAGAUGCAGCGAACCACCUUUGCGGACUCAUAAAGUCUCGCGGCAGACUUGGACCUGGAGAUAUUGUGAAGCAAACAUUCUCAUAUCCGUAUGAUCAAUCUGAACUGGGAGCUAUCGGUGUUGAAACUUCUCUGGAAGUUAAGGCAGGGUGCGAGUUUGUUUACUCUGACGCUGCUUGCGAUAGGUAUGUCAACGUGCCUAUCGACAGCUGCAACUGUGCUGGAGAGAAUGGCAAGCAAGGUGGUGAGGUGGAGAACAAUUGCUACAAGUGGCGUCUUGAUCCAGAGAAAGAGGCCUAG